CCCUCCUGGUACCCAGCGGGGGUGCAGCGUCCCGGUAGGCGCGAUGGGGACCGCUUCGUCUCUGGUGAACCCCGCGGGGGAGGUGAUCGAGGACACGUACGGAGCCGGGGGCGGCGAGGCCUGCGAGAUCCCGGUGGAGGUGAAGCCCAAGGCCCGACUGCUGCGCAACUCGUUCCGCAGAGGCGCGGGCGCGGCGGGGGUCGGACCCGGGUCGCUGCCCCGCGCGGCAGGCGGCGGCGGGCUGCUGGGCGCCAGCUUCAAGUCCACCGGCUCGUCGGUGCCGGAGCUGGAGUACGCUGCGGCCGAGUUCGAGCGGCUCAAGAAGGAGUACGAGAUCUUCCGAGUCAGCAAAAACCAAGAGUUGUUGUCCAUGGGACGCCGGGAGGCCAAGCUGGACACCGAGAACAAGCGGCUGCGGGCGGAGCUGCAGGUAACGCCGAGCCCGGCGCCGCGGAGUGGGAGACGCUGGGGAUUUAGGGAGACCAAAGAAAAUGAAAUUCAGGACUUACUGAGGGCGAAGCGAGAGCUGGAGAGCAAACUUCAGAGGCUACAGGCUCAGGGGAUCCAAGUGUUUGACCCUGGGGAGUCUGAUUCAGAUGACAACUGUACAGAUGUCACUGCUGCGGGAACCCAGUGUGAGUACUGGGCCAGUGGAGCCUUGGGAAGAGAGCCUUCCAUAGGCAGCAUGAUGCAGCUUCAGCAGUCCUGCAGGGGCCUGGAGUUCGCCCACAGUUCUAUAGAUGUGGAAGGACCCUUCGCAAACAUCAACCGGGAUGACUGGGACAUUGCUGUGGCUAGCUUGUUACAAGUCACCCCCUUGCUCUCACACUCUCUGUGGAGUAACAGUGUCCGAUGUCACCUCAUCUGCACAGAUGAAACCCAGUCAGAGAUGGAGCUUUUCCUUAAGGAGUAUGCACCUAAACUUAAAAGAAUGUGUGAGACAAUGGGAUAUUUUUUCCAUGCUGUUUAUUUUCCAAUGGAUGUUGAAAAUCAAUACCUCACCGUAAGAAGAUGGGAAAUUGAGAAGAGUUCUUUAGUUAUUUUAUUCCUUCACUCAACGUUACCAAGGACCACAAUGCACCUUUUCCAGAGUAUCCGUGAGAUCAUUGACCACUCAGGAGAUCCUGCAGAGGGAGUAUAUAAAACUUAUGUCUGUGUGGAAAAGAUUAUUAAACAGGACAUACUGGGCCUGCAGAACACAGAUGUGGAGGUGAAAGAUGUGGGCAGUGAAGACUCCACUCCAGAAGAAGAUGACUUCGGGGAUGUCCUGUGGGACAUACAUGACGAGCAGGAGCAGAUGGAGACCUUCCAGCAGGCUUCUGAUGCAGCCCAUGAGCUGGGGUUUGAGAAAUAUUACCAACGCCUUGAUGAUUUAGUGGUGGCGCCCGCUCCAAUCCCUCCCCUUCUGGUAUCUGGAGGACCAGGUUCUGGGAAGUCCCUUCUUUUAUCAAAGUGGAUUUGACUGCAGCAGAAGAAUUUCCCUAACACACUGAUACUGUCUCAUUUUGUGGGAAGACCGAUGUCAGCCAGCUCAGAGUCUUCCUUGAUUAUCAAACGACUGACUCUCAAGCUGAUGCAGCACUUCUGGGCAAUUUCUGCGCUGACACUGGAUCCUGCUAAGCUUCUGGAAGAAUUUCCACAUUGGUUGGAGAAGCUCUCUGCUAGGCAUCAGGGCAGUAUCAUCAUCAUCAUUGAUUCCAUAGAUCAAGUUCAGCAAGUUGAAAAACACAUGAAGUGGCUGAUAGACCCUCUGCCAGUGAAUGUCAGGGUCAUUGUGUCUGUGAAUGUGGAGACAUGCCCUGCGGCAUGGAGGUUGUGGCCUACACUACAUCUUGAUCCUUUAAACCCCAAAGAUGCAAAAUCUAUAAUAAUUGCAGAAUGUGAGUUUUCGGACAUAAUACUGAGUAAAGAGCAGGAGAAGCAGCUAGAACAGCACUGUCGUUCCACAACAACCCGCAAUGCCCUUUACGUCACCCUUUUCGGCAAAAUGAUGGCGCAUGCUGGGAGAGCAGGAAACCUGGAUAAAACCCUUCAUCAGUGUCUACAGUGUCAAGAUACGCUUGCAUUGUACAGAAUCAUCCUCCGCUCCAUCCGUGAGUCAAUGCCAAACGAUGUGGACAAAGAGCUGAUGAAACAGAUUCUCUGUCUGGUCAACGUUAGUCACAAUGGUGUGAGUGAGUCCGAGCUGAUGGAGCUCUACCCUGAGAUGUCCUGGGCCACCCUGACCUCCAAAAUGCGUUUGCUGACUUACGGCUGUGGCUUGCUCAGGUUUCAACAUCUGCAGGCAUGGGAAACAGUGAGACGGGAGUACAUGGAGGACCCCACUGUCGUUUCUUCAUACAGGCAAAAGCUGAUUAGCUAUUUCACCUCACAGCUAAGGAAAACACCAGGUGGAUAUGUUAAUCCUGUUGUAUUGAACAGUCCAGACCACCCUGAACUAUCAGGGGCCUUUGCAUCUCACUGUAUCAUGACUCUGAAUAGGCUUCUGUUUGAUCAUUCUUCUGUUUGUUUUUUAAGAUAUGAACAAGCUGAACAUUUUAAGAAAAGAUCCUUUAUAAUUCGUCAGCAAGCCACAAGGAGAAAAGGCAGCUUGUAUGGAUUUGCCCUCUUACGCAGGCGGGCACUACAGUUAGAAGAGCUUACCUUAGGUAAAGACAAGCCUGAUAAUGCUCCGACGCUCAAUGAACUGGGGGUCCUCUACUAUCUUCAGAAUAACCUCGAAACAGCUGAGCAGUUUCUGAAGCGUUCCUUAGAAAUGAGGGAGCGGGUUCUGGGACCAGAUCACCCUGACUGUGCCCAGUCCCUGAAUAAUCUGGCAGCUCUGUACAAUGAAAAGAAGCAGUAUGAGAAAGCGGAGGAGCUCUACGAGAGAGCGCUGGACAUUCGCAGACAGGCCUUGGCCCCUGAUCACCCUUCUCUGGCGUACACAGUGAAGCAUCUGGCAAUCCUGUAUAAGAAAAUGGGAAAAGUAGACAAAGCUGUGCCUUUGUAUGAACUGGCUGUUGAAAUUCGGCAGAAAUCCUUUGGCCCAAAACACCCUAGUGUAGCCACAGCCUUGGUGAACUUAGCAGUUCUUCAUAGUCAAAUGAAAAAACACAGUGAAGCCUUGCCACUCUAUGAAAAAGCAUUAAAGAUUUAUGAAGAUAGCUUGGGGCGAAUGCAUCCUCGAGUCGGAGAAACAUUGAAAAAUUUAGCUGUGCUCAGCUACGAAGAAGGGGAUUUUGAAAAGGCUGCUGAACUGUACAAACGGGCAAUGGAAAUAAAAGAAGCAGAGACAUCACUUUUGGGUGGAAAAGCUCCUUCAAGACAGUCAUCGAGUGGAGAUGCAUUUAGCUUAAAAACAACUCACUCUCCCAGUGUUUUCUUUCCUCAAGGACAAAGGUAACAGAAGCAGUUCUUGCUGAGUAUGAUUUAGGCUAAAACAAUUAAAAUCUGGAACAUUAGAAUUCGAAACUUCAUGUUUUCAAGACCGUUUCUUUUUCCUACUUAGUGUUAUUUAAAUAGCAUUCAUAUGAAAAUGGAUUGGAUUGCACUGAGUUGUGAUUAUGUCAAGCUUAAGUUGACUGAAUGAAUAAGCAUCCAAUGGGAUGAGAUCAGGGUUGUAAAUAUUAGCACCCUAAGAUGCCAAUGAGGAGUGGACUGGUCUCUACGACAUAAGAGCUGCUGGCAGGAGUCAAAUUUAAGAACUCAAUGAUUCUUUUCACUUCUCAAGAACAACUUUAGCCCUGCCAUUCAUUCCUCAUUUCAUUUUUAUCAGUGGUCUGGCCCAAUUCUCUACCUCAAAGAAAAGGUUCAAGGACUAAAGAGAUACAAUUUAUGAAGGUUCCGCUAUCUUCAGUGAAACAAAUUAGAGAGGAAUUCCUGAUUACAUUUCUUUGUAGUUCAUUUUUGGUGAUGAUGGUGGUGAUGGUGUGUGUGUAUGUGUCCUUAUGUAUACAUGUGUACGGACAGAUGCUUAUGUUUGCAUGUCCAUGUGGAGGCCAGAGUUGCUGUCCACCUUGACUUUUUGAGACAUAGUCUCACACUGGGACCUGGUGCUCAAUUCAGCUGGCAAUCAAGUGUCCUAGGGAUCUAUCAGCUUGUCUCCACUUCCCCGGAGAUGGAAUUAGAAGCCUGUGUUACCACCACACCUGGCUUUAAAGUGUAUGCUGGGAUCAAACUUGGGUCCUUAUGCUUGCACGGUAAGCACUUUAACUAUUAUUUUGUGUGUGUGAGUCUAUGUAGCCCAAGUUGAGCUUCAAACGAACUCAUGAUCAUCCUGCCUCAGCCUAGGUGCUGGGAUCACAGGUGUGCACCACACCUGGUUUUGUUCUGUUCUUCCUUUCUCCUAGACAGACUGACUCAGCCCCCUGCUUUCUUGCUCUCCACUGUGUAUUGUUCAUUACAGUUAUGUGUCUAGACAGUGUCUGAUGCCAUCCUCCCAGCAACGUUGCCAGGCUCUUAACCAUUCUCUGAUCUUUCUCAAUCGACAUGAACAGGCUGUUUGGUGUGGGUCUGGAAUCCCAGCUAUUCAAGAGGCUGAGGCAGGAGGCUCUCAGGGUCAACCUAGGGUAAGAAGUGAGUUCAGGGUCAGCUCGAGCAGCUUAGUGAGACCCUGUCACAAAACAAAAAAUAAAGAGAGGAUGCAGCUCACUGGUAGAAUGCUUGCCUAAGCAUGCAUGAGACCCUGGGUUCAGUCCCCAGCAUUGCAAGAGACAUACAUGACAUUCAGUUUCUUUUUGGUCUUUGUUUUGUUUUGGGUCUUUUUGAGACAGUUUCCCUAUAGCCCCAGCUGGCCUGGAACUCACUAUGUAGAUAGACCAGGCUGGCCUCAGUCUCACAGAGAUCCGCCUGCCUCUGCUUCCCAAGUGUGAGAACUAAAGGCUUGCACCCCCAUGCAAGCUCCAUUUCUUUCUUAAAUGGCCUAAAUCAAUCUUGCUUCACCUCAAAGUCAAAUUAGUUGCCAUUUUAUACUUAAAUGUC